CAAGACCCAGACCUCAAGAGCUCUGCACAAGAACCAAAUGCGUCCGAUAUACGUACUGCUGUUAGCGGUGUGUAUUGCCAUCGCGUCGUGUGAUGCCGUAUCUGCAUUUGUCACUGAACAAGAAGGUGCCACUGCGCAACGCGCUGCUGCUGUAUAUCGUGGCACGUCUGGCAAACGGCUCUUAAGGUCUGACGAUGCCGCGACUGUUGACGAUGACGUCAAUGAAGAAGAGAGGCUAUUCGGUGUGUCAAAGCUUACGGAGGCGGCUAAGAAAGGGAAAUCCAAGAUGAUCGACAUGCAUACCAAGCUGAAGGAUCAGUCGUUGUUGGGGACCUUCCAGUUAAUGAAAAAGGGUGGAUUUUCGGACGAGGCCAUCACAAGUGCGUGGUUAACGAGAGGGAAAAGCCUCGAUGACAUAUUCGACCGCUGGAUUCGACUCGGAAAGUCGGAAUGGCAGGCAGCCAACAACCUGCUGAGGCAGAACAAGACACCAGACGAUCUCUAUUCGGUGUUUGCCAAACGAGGCAUGAAUUCGGAACAAAUCCAAACGCUUUGGCGCAGCCUCAAACUGGAUGAGGAUAAACUCAUCGCCCUCCAAAAGAAGUUCGUACCGGUAAACUAAUGGUGACAUCAACGCAGUUAGUUAAACGCAGGAAAGAGUAGGGAGGACAUUCAGAACGUGAUCG